AUGGAUCGUCAAAGUAUAUUAGCAACGUACGGCAUCCCAAUCACAUCUCCUCCACGUUCAAAUAGUAAUAGUGGCAAUAGUAAGAGCUCUCGAAGAACAGCCCAAGGUAUUAACGUUGGAAAUGUUGGACGUAAUAGCAAGGGGUAUUCGGUGACUGCCUUAUACUCUAUGGCUGCUGAACAAGAUGUUGAAUCUAAAAAAAAUUUUAUAUUGGAAAGAGAUGUUAGAUACUUGGAUUCUCGAAUUGCAUUAUUAAUUCAAAAUCGUAUGGCAUUAGAUGAGAAACAAGAAGUGGAAAGUUCGCUUUAUGACACAGAGCCACUAGAAGGUACAUUUCCAGAUGAUCGUAAACAACAGCAAUAUGGAAAUCUUUUCUUCUUACUACAAACUGAACCAGGACAUAUCGCAACUUUAUGCCGACUGGUCAGCAUAUCAGAGAUUGACACUUUAUUACAAACUGUGAUGUUUACACUUUAUGGUAAUCAAUAUGAAAGCAGGGAAGAGCAUUUAUUGUUAACUAUGUUUCAGUCGGUAUUAUCAGCACAAUUUGAAACUACAUUAGACUUUAAUUCUUUACUUAGAGCAAAUACGCCAGUAUCACGUAUGAUGACCACUUAUACUCGUCGAGGACCUGGACAAAGUUAUUUAAAAUCGGUAUUAUCGGAAAGAAUUAAUAAUCUGAUUGAACAUAAAGAAUUGAAUUUGGAAAUCAAUCCACUUAAAGUUUAUGAACAAAUGAUAAGAAAAAUUGAAGAUGAUACUGGCCAACUGCCACCUAAUUUACAAAGAAGUGUCACGCCGGAUGUUGCUGCUGCAAAUCCCGAUGUACAAAAAAUCAUAGUACCUCGUUUAGACAUGUUAAUAGAAAUUGCAAAUGGAUUUCUUACGACUAUAAUUCAAUCUAUUGAUCAACGAAAAUAUCCAGACGCAACAGAAUUUGCAAUAUGUUCGUUGAUUGGUGGGUUCUUCUUUCUAAGAUUUGUGAAUCCUGCAAUAGUUACACCUCAAGCAUAUAUGUUGGUGGAUGGAAUACCUGGAAAUCAUCCAAGAAGAACUUUAACCUUGAUUGCAAAAAUGUUACAAAAUCUUGCAAAUAAACCAACAUAUUCGAAAGAAGAAUAUAUGAUAAUGAUCAAUUCGUUCGUAGAACACAAUAAACAAAGAAUUAAUAAAUUUUUACUUGAAUUAUGUGAAGUUGGUGAUUUUUAUGAGAGUUUAGAGGCACCAUCUGAAAAAUCUCACCUGCGUAUACUGUUAGAUGAAAUUGGUAUAGCUCCUUCACAAGUACCUAGAAAAGAAAAUAGAACCAUGCAACUUCCAUUAUUUAGUCGAUGGGAAACUCCAAUACAAGACAUUGCAUCAGCAUUUGUAUCAGACAAUGUGACACAGAAUGAUAUUCUUUAUAUGGAGACAAAAUCAAUAUUUGUACAAUUGAUUAGAUCUAUGCCACGUAUGGCGGAGAAACGGCCACUAAAUUUAUAUUUGAUUGCUGAGAUAGCUGCCACAUCAAAAGAUGUAUCUUUAGUACGUAAAGGUAUAAAGGUGAAAGAAAUGCUUUCGGAAUUAGAAGAGGCGCGUGUAAUUGAUCGUAGAGAUGGGUAUCGACUUAUGACUGAAGAGGUGGCAACUGAAUUAGCUCAUUUGGGCAAUAUUCGUGAGAAAGUCACCCAAGAAAUUCAAUCCCUGGAGGAAGUUUUUAAAACUAUAUGUGAUCACAAUAAUUAUUUGAGAAGUCAAUUGGAUAGUUAUAAAGCAUAUUUGUUUAAUGUGAGACAGCACUCAUCAAAAGAGGCUCCUAGUGGUAUAGGAACUAGUGUGGUGAAAGUUGGUAAUAAAGAAAAGAAGCCACAGAAAGUUAAGGUGUUGGGACCUUAUAAAUUUACAUAUGCACAAUUAGAAAGAGAUGAAAUUAUUGUGGAAAACAAUGUUCCCGAAAAUCGGUAG